AAGGCCGAAAAGGAUCCUUUAUAGCUGUUCCUUUUUGGCAACUGACAAAAUUAAACUGAGGCAUAUAAACCCCCAAAUGAAGAAAGCAUUGCAUCCAACUAUGAUCCGACAAGAUUCCAGUUCUCUCCAUGAUCAGCAUAAACCUCGUGCUAAGAACUACUUCAAAGUUGUAUCAAGGAAACUAGCUGCAGUUUUCACAGCAUUAUUGUCUGGGAAAAGAAAAAAGGGUAGUAUUGAUGUCAACAAGAUGCAAAAAAAUAACACCCGAGUCAAAAGAAUUUCCUUCUCUACUUCAACAUAUCAAUCGACAGUGAGCGAUUUCUCCUUCGAAGAUAUCUGUAAGGCAACUGUAAAUUUUUCUCCCGAAAAUAAAAUUGGGGAAGGUGGGUUUGGAACAGUUUAUAAAGGGAGGCUCAAGGAUGGAUCUCUUGUUGCUGUAAAGCGUGCGAAAAAGGACAAGUAUGACCAGGGCUUACCACAACAGUUCAAGAAUGAAAUACUUACAUUAUCGAAGAUCGAACAUCUGAAUUUAGUAAGGUUAUUUGGAUAUCUGGAGCACAAAGACGAGCAAAUUAUCGUGGUUGAAUAUGUUGGAAAUGGGAAUCUCCGAGAACAUCUUGAUGGUGUAAGGGGAAAUGGGCUUGAAAUUGCGGAACGUCUGGACAUUGCGAUCGAUGUUGCCCAUGCAAUUACCUAUCUUCAUACGUACACAGAUCCUCCUAUAAUACAUAGAGACAUAAAAGCAUCAAAUAUCCUUAUCACGGAGAAACUCCGGGCGAAAGUGGCGGACUUUGGAUUCGCACGACUUGCUACAGAGGAUCCCACCGCAACCCACAUCUCGACUCAAGUCAAAGGAACUGCAGGCUAUGUGGAUCCUGAAUACACCAGAACUUAUCAGCUCACUGACAAAAGCGAUGUAUACUCCUUUGGUGUAUUGCUUGUGGAAUUGAUGACCGGAAGAUAUCCAAUUGAAUCAAAGAAACCGGUCAAGGAACGAGUAACCAUACGAUGGGCAAUGAAGAGAUUAAAGGAAGGGGAAUUUGUGAUAGCGAUGGACCCAAAGCUAAGGAGAAGUCCAGCUUCAAACAUGGUGGUUGAGAAUGUCCUGAAACUGGCACACCAAUGCCUUGCACCAGUGAGACAAUCCAGGCCAACCAUGAAGAAAUGUGUGGAGGUCUUGUGGGGAAUUCGUAAAGAUUACAAAGAUAGAGUGUCUUCUACUACUGCUGCUUCUACCUCUCACUGUUCUGCAAAUUUUCCUUAUAGAAAUGCUAAGUCUGACAGGCAUUUGUUUGGAAUACAAGAGGGUGACAGCUAUGGUUUUAUUUCUGCAUAAAUAUAGUGACUAGUGAGUGAUUUUUUAUUUUCUUUUUUGGAAUGGUCAGUCAAUUAUUUCCCAUUCUUUUCCCUUUUGUGAACUUCAUCAAGUUCCCGACGUCGAAUGAAAUUGAAAUAUGAUGCAAAAAAUGUAAAGAAAA